AUGGCUGCGCCCAGCCCGGGGCCCCGCGAGGUCCUGGCCUGCUCCCCAGAAGUCAGACGCAAAGCAGCUGCCUCAAGCUCCAACCGCCGCGGCCUUCUCUGGCGCUUGAGAGAUAAGCACUUGCGCCUGGGCCUGUUUGAGAUUGGCCCAGGCCAUGAGCUGCACGGGUUGACAUGCAUGAUGCAGGCAGGGCUGUGGGCUGCCACCCAGGUGGCCAUGGACCACCCACCCAUGGGGCCACCCAGUGAAGAGGAUUUUGUGGAAGUCCUGACCCAGGUUCAUGAGGGCUUUGAGCUGGGCACCCUGGCAGGCCCGGCCUUCGCCAGGCUGCGCCACUCCCUCGGCCUGUCUGAGGAGGACUAUCAGGCUGCUCUGGGCCCUGGCAGUCCCUACCUGCAGUUCCUCAGCACCUCCAAGAGCAAGGCCAGCUUCUUCCUGUCCCACGACCAGCGCUUUUUCCUGAAGACACAACGGCGCCAAGAGGUGCAGGCCCUGCUCGCCCAUCUGCCGCGAUACGUGCAGCAUCUGCAACGGCAUCCGCACUCGCUGCUCGCACGGUUGCUUGGAAUGCACAGCCUGCGAGUGGCCCAGGGGAAGAAGAAAUACUUCAUCGUCAUGCACAGCGUGUUCUACCCCCCCGGCCGCAUCUGCGAGAGGUACGACAUCAAGGGCUGCGAGGUGAGCCGCUGGGUGGAGCCAGCGCCCGAGGGCAGCUCCCUUGUCCUGGUGCUAAAGGACCUCAACUUUCAGGGCAAGACCAUCCAGCUGGGGCCCCAGCGGAACUGGCUUCUCCGCCAGAUGGAACUGGACACCACCUUCCUCCGGGAGCUCAACAUCCUGGAUUACAGCCUCCUGAUGGCCUUCCAGGGUCUCCAUGAGGACGAGAGGGGCCCAGGCAGCAGCCUCAUCUUCCGCACAGCCAGGUCUGUGCAGGGGACACCAAACCUGCAGGAACCGGGAGCCCAGAAUCUCCGGCUGCUGCCUGACAUCCCCAACGCCCUACACAUAUUAGACGGGCCUGAGCAACGCUAUUUCCUGGGCCUCGUGGACCUUACCACAGUCUAUGGGCUUCGUAAGCGGCUGGAGCACCUGUGGAAAAUGCUGCGCUACCCGGGCCGGACCUUCUCCACGGUCAGCCCGACUUGCUACGCCCACCGCCUCUGCCAGUGGGUGGAGGCUCACACAGAGUGA